AUGAAUUCCUUUUUGUCAUUAUUUAUCAGUCUUGUCGUAUUCUCCAUUAUUUCUGUUCAUCUAACAUCAUCGGCUAGUUUUCCUAAUCCACCUCAAUUUCCACCACCCAAUGCAUCAGCCGACGAAUGGACACUUUUUUGGAAAUUAUUACAUAAUUAUUAUGCUAUUAUUGCCCGGCCAAGAUUUGGUAAACGAUACAAUUCAAUAUUGUCUCAAUCAAAAGAACCAUCACUUCUAACAAUUCUUAAUCCGAAUUUUUCAUCUUCUUCUUCAUCAUCAUCAUCAUAUGACAAUGAUCUCAAUUAUAUGCUUAGUGAAAAUGACCAUAAUGCUAAUGAUGAUCAAAAAAUCGAUUUUGACGAUUUAUAUGCAUUCAUGCCUUCAAAUCAAAAACGAUGA